GAGUUCCCACAAGCAUGGCGCAAUCCCUUCCUAUGUAUUCGUCCCUCCCUGUGUCUGGUCCCGUCGCUGGAGCCCCAUUUAUCUCUGGAGCUCCCAUGAUGUCUGGAGCUCCUAUCAUGGCUGGAGCGCCUUUGAUCUCUGGAGCACCAUUCCUCCCUGGGGCUCCUGUUUUCUCUCAGGCUCCCAAUCAGAACGCUUCCGGAAGCCAGGCGCCUGUUGCUUCCAAUGUAGCUCCUCCAGCGUUCCUUCCUUCCUUUGGUGCCCCGUUGAUGCCCGGUGCUCCUCUUUCGAUGCCGGGAGUCAUCAAUGCUCCUCCUGAGCUCCCUGGAGACAAGCUCACUCCUCAGGAGUGCGCCAUCUACGGAGUGCCUAUCGGCGCUGUGUGGGGAGCUGUGAGACAGCCUGAGCAGCAACAGGAGGCUGAGGAUGAUGUUCGCGGAACUCAAGUCUAAAUAGUGUUUGUAUGAGAAUAAAAAUGUGCAAGUUUUUUCUG